UGUCUCCGGCCGCUGAUUGGCCUGUUUGUGCAGCGCUGUGGAAUUCUGGGAGCGGAGUCCAAUCAGGAGCAAGCUGGAUCCGCGCGCGGUGUAGAGCUGCUACAGGACCUGAUAGAGAGCAGGGAACAUGUUGGGCCGGGUUGUGCUGAGCGGCCGCUGCGGGUUCUGGAGCCGGGGACCGAGCGCUGCAGCGCGGCUCCGUUUACCGGGACACCCGGGGAGGAGCAGCAGCACGGAGGCGUCUCUGAAACAGACUCCUCUGCACGACUUCCACAGAUCUCAGGGGGGGAAGAUGGUGGAGUUUGCCGGGUGGAGCAUGCCGGUUCAGUACCGGGACAGCCACAUCACCUCUCACCUGCACACCCGCCACCACUGCUCCAUCUUCGACGUCAGUCACAUGCUGCAGACCAAAGUCUAUGGGAAGGACAGAGUGAAGUUCAUGGAGUCUUUAGUUGUUGGAGACAUUGCAGAACUAAAGGACAACCAGGGCACCCUCUCUCUGUUCACUAACACUAAAGGAGGAAUAAUGGAUGAUCUGAUCGUGACGAAGACGGAUCAGGGAUAUCUGUAUGUUGUGUCCAACGCUGGCUGUGCAGACAAAGACUCCGCCCACAUGCAGGCUCGGCUGCGGGAGUUUAAAGCUGCAGGUCAUGAUGUUGAUCUGGAGUAUCUGGAGGAGAGUCUGAUCGCCCUGCAGGGUCCGUCGAUGGCCCGGGUUCUGCAGGAGGGUGUGGGUGAUGAUCUCAGUAAGCUGACCUUCAUGACGAGUGUUCUGACCCCAGUGUUCGGGAUCCCGGGCUGCAGGGUGACUCGCUGUGGUUACACCGGAGAGGACGGAGUAGAGAUCUCUGUUCCGCGGGACAGUGUGGUGGCGCUGACGGAGAGACUGCUGGCCAAUGAUGAGGUGAAACUGGCCGGACUCGGGUCCAGAGACAGCCUGAGGCUGGAGGCGGGGCUCUGUCUCUAUGGCAACGACAUUGAUGAGACCACGACACCUGUGGAAGCAGCACUCGUCUGGACCAUCGGUAAGCGGCGGCGGCAGGUGAGGGACUUUCCUGGAGCUGACAUCAUCAUUCCUCAGAUUAAAGCGAAAACUCAGAGGAAGAGGGUGGGGCUGAUCUCUAACGGCCCCCCCAUCAGACAGCACACCCCCAUACUCAGCCCUGAGGGCAGAGUUAUAGGUGAGGUCACAAGCGGAUGCCCCUCCCCCUGCCUUAAGCAGAACGUUGCUAUGGGUUACGUGGAGACGAGCUUCAGUAAAGCAGGAACACCUGUUCAGGUGGAGGUGAGGAAGAAGAUGGUGCCCGCUGUGGUCAGCAAGAUGCCCUUUGUGCCCACAAACUAUUACACUGGACAUUAAAUAAGAUACACUACUCUUUCACUGGGUUAUUAUCAUGAGAAAACACGUUCUACGCUGCUCAGUUACUGUUUUACCAGACCUGAUAUAAUUUUGCACUUAAGGUACGAUGCACUGGACUGAUCAGAGAUCAGAGACGGGAUGAUUUAUUGGAUGUAAUCUGGCCUGUCGCAAUAAUUAUGUUAUAAACUUAUAAACGAUACAGUAAAUUAACAUUAAUAUUCAUAAUAUUCACAUUACAUUUAUUUGUGUGUACUUAAAGGAGAACUCUGGUGUAAAUGGACUUUUGUUGUAGUAAAACAUUUUUUGUUGAAUAGCUCACCUCCGCUCUCCUGCAGCUUUCUGAGAUCCAGUAAUAUUUUAUUCCAUUUGUUCAAACAGGCUUUAGAAUGAGUGAUAUGGGGCAUAUUUUAACCUUACAGAUAAAUCGCUUUUUACACCGUUAUCCAGCUCAAAGUAGCUCCUCACCUCCUUACUAGAAUCCAGAGAGUCCUGACAUUUAAAACCAGGCAUUAAUAAUUUAAAAAGUGCAGAAGAAGCUUAUUAAACACACUGUUUACAUCCCGUAGUGCAGGUAAAUCUCCGGAAACCGCCAUCUAAAGGUAAAGUCAUGAUCAGUAGAGUGAUCAGAGUGAUGGUGGCACCCAGAGAUUUAGGUUAUGCUACGGGUUGUUAACAGUGCUUUCAUAUAUUUAUAUAUUAGUGCCAUAAAAAAAUAUAAAAUUGUUUAUUGCAAUAAUUCUUAAUAGUAUAUCAUCCUUUUAAUAACAUUGUUAUUGUGACAGGCCCAGAUACAAUGGAACAGUUUUUAUGUGCAUAGAGCAUUCCCUUUAAAGCAUUCCAAAAUACAUUUUAUACAUUCUUAUUAUGCACAUGUCACACAUACACACACACACACACACACACACACACACAAACACACAUAUAUAUAUAUAUAUAUAUAUAUAUAUAUAUAUAUAUAUAUAUAUAUAGGGGUAGUACGCAAAUGUUUUUGGGCGCUUUUUUGUUGCUGUGAUCAGGAUCAGCAGUGUGAGUGAAAAUGACUUGAUUUCUUAAAGACAAAAAGUUAAAGAUUCCACAUUUCUAUAAUAUUUUCUAAAUAAUACUACUUUUGUAUUUUUAGAAAUUGACCUCAAAACAAAGGUUUGGGUACCCUGCAUGGUAAAUGCUCAGGAAAAGCCCUGCUACAUAGGAAAUGUGUUCUUAUCAUAAAAUACUUCAGGUAUCACUGCCCAGUAGAACAGUGCACCAUCAGGCCACAGUCUGGCCAGUCUAACACAAGCUCAAAUGUUUUAUUUUUUAUUAGGGAUGCACCAAAAAGAGAUGUUUAGGCUGACAACCUAAUACAGAACACGUUGUUCCCUUGAAAAAAAUACACAGAACUCCUAACAUUUAAAUUUUCCAGCAGGCACACCAACAAAGCACAGUAUAUAGUUACCUCAGGAAAUUGUUAAACCACUGCUCUUUUAUUCACACAUUUAGCUAGAUAGCUUACGCUGUAAUGCUAUUCUAAUAAUAAAUGUACUUAAACAGUGCAGUUUUAACCAUAAAUUACCCUCAGUAGUGCUUAUUCAAGUUAGAUGCUGAAGUUAAAAGCUCAGCUAACAUUAAUGCGAGCUGUACAGAACUAGGAUAGUAGAAUUUGGUUUCCAAAUAUUUGGUGCAUCCCUAAUUAUAAUAUAUAUUGUUUUUUUUUUUUUACAUUUCUAGUGAUUCUAUAGGCAGUUCACAUUUAAUGUUUUCUUGAUCUUUCAGACCUCAAUUUUUUACCUUGACUUCCAUCAUUCCCAUUAAGAACCAUUUCUUAAUUCCUAAUUUAAUUUACUGUUAUACUGUAUAUUUUUUUUGCUAAUCCAGGGACCAACCACUUACUUGAUUAUUACUAAAUGAUGUGUCUUGUUUACUGAAAAAUAAUAAUAAUAAUAAUAUUAAUAACCUGAACAUACCACUAGCAAUAACUUGCAUACCUAUAAAUAUAUACACUGUAUGCAUAACUGUAUCUCCUCUAACGAAGUGCCUUGUCUUGUCUAAUUGUCUAAUAAAGCGUUUGGUUGAAUACGGGACCAGUAUCUUUAUACCUAAUCUUUUAUACAAGUUUAAUCUCCAAAUCUCUCAACUCUCUGCCAAAUAUCUCAUUCCUGUUGCCACUAGAUUCAGAACUGAACAUGCAGUGAUGUGUUUAUACAGCAGAGAGCACUUCAGUUUCUGAAUCAGUUUCUCUGAUUCUGCUAUUUAUAGGUUUAUGUUUGAGUAAAAUGAACAUUGUUGUUUUAUUCUAUAAACUACAGACAACAUUUCUCCCAAAUUACAAAUAAAAAUAUUCUCAUUUAGAGCAUUUAUUUACAGAAAAUGAGAAAUGACUGAAAUAACAAAAAAGAUGCAGAGCUUUCAGACCUCAAAUAAUGCAAAGAAAACAAGUUCAUAUUCAUAAAGUUUUAAGAGUUCAGAAAUAAUCAAUAUUUGGUGGAAUAAUCCUGGUUUUUAAUCACAGUUUUUUUCAUGCAUCUUGGCAUCAUGUUCUCCUCCACCAGUCUUACACACUGCUUUUGGAUAACUUUAUGCUGCUUUACUCCUGGUGUAAAAAUUCAAGCAGUUCAGUUUGGUGGUUUGAUGGUUUGUGAUCAUCCAUCUUCCUCUUGAUUAUAUUCCAGAGGUUUUUAAUUUAAUAAAAUCAAAGAAACUCAUCAUUUUUAAGUGCUCUCUUAUUUUUUACAGAGCUGUAUAUGUGCACUGGGCCAGUGUGGUUCUGGUUCUGGUUCUGUAUGAUUUAACUAUCUGUAUCCUGUUCUUCUGGACUGUGAAGCCAAACAUGAUGUACACCUUCUGAACCUCCUUUUGUACUGCUGUUCUGUAAUUACAGAUCUGAGCUCUGAUGCAUUUUAGAAUAUUGAGAUUAUAGAAAAUAAUUUUGUGAGAAAAAUAUGUAUAAUUUAGGUUUAACACCAUCAAUAAACUAUUGUUAUUA